UGUGUCUGUGGAGCUCUUGACCUUGCAUGUUUGCGCGCUCGUGACGUAGGUCACAGGUCACACGAGGAGAGAGAGGAAAUUUAAGGAGGCGUUUGCAGUCACAGGAUGUCUUGAAGACAAACUGCCACUGUGAAUUGAGGGAACGAGACAAGGCAAAUUCUUCCCACCGCUUAAGUUUUAAAUGACGGCCUGGGUGAUUCGGAUAAUCUUGGGGUACAUGAUCUCUAUGGCUAACCCAAUACAGAGCAUGUGUCCCUGCAAAUAUGAACUACAAGCCUUGUGUAAACAUGACCCGGCCACAAUCUAUGUCCCGUGUCCGAUGCUGGUUGGUGAGGAUCUGACAUUUGCGCUUCGAAAUGAUGAACAAGUGAUUCACAUCCAAAAGUGCAACUACAACAAAAUGACGGUGGAUUGUGAACCAAACCCAAGUGCUGAAUUGAUGCUACGUGAGGUCAACACAUCAGUCAGCUUUGUCCUGACAGGAGAGAUGGCCAAAAAUGGCGGACUCUACAGGUGUGAGGGCACGGUCACAUUCCCACCUCCUUUGAAAACAGAGAUGAGCGCUGUGGGGAUUCUGGUGCAUGUCGAGGGUCACAAAUGCAGCAGUGGGAAAACAAAAGAGGGCAAUGGACACCUCUGGAUUUGGAUCACUGUGCUUGGAAUUCUCUGCGUCUACAGCAUCAUUAUCACCAUUAUCGCAGUGGUCAGCAGGGUCAAGGUGAGGCAGGAACAUUUCCAAAACGACUACAUUAACACCAAACCUCGAGGCACCAGCCAGCGUAAGAGGGAAAGAGGCUUUCGCAACACUCAACAACUGAACUUUUGAUUUGCUCUAUAGUCAACUGCCCUAUUUUAUGAAUGUGUGCCUUCUUCAAGCUUGGUUUAUAAUUUAGACAAUUUCUUUGAGUUACAGCAGCUACAGCUGAGAUUUUGCAAAAUACAUAUAAAAAAACAACUUCCUGCAUCUUACACUCAUUCAUACAUUUGUAGUAGGAAGACCCCCCUGUGGUUGAAACAGGUGGUGGUGUUAA